UUUUCGAGUCGGGCCGACGUUCGAGUCAUUUCUAUCGGGCCGACCCGACCGAGUCUUCUUCAGGCCAAAAUUCGAUGCCCGCUCGAUCUUUUGGACCGGGCCGGAUAGGGCCCCAACCCUAUUUUUGAGCAGCAUUUUCAGUAGGAGGAAGGGGGCUUUAACUUUUGUGCUCCAGUUCCAGCUUUAGAGUCUUCGGUUUUUCAGAGGAUUCCAGCUCUAGCGCUGUAGUUUGACUCCUGUAUUCCUUGAAUUUUGGGAAUAAAAAUUAAAUUUUUUCUAGUAUCACCCUCAAGUUAUGUCUCCUCCAUUUCAACAACAACCACCACAACAACACAUUGUUAAUGUCCUAGAUUCUCCACAUAAUCAACAACUUGGUAAUAAUAAUGGUGGGCAAGAAGACCGUUCUCUACCUCCAAUUAUAUCUAGAAUUCCAAAUCCUCGACUUAAUGCUGCACAACAAUUUGUGGAUUCUGUUAUAAGCCAAAAUUUGUCUUCUGUCCCUUCUGCAACCGAUAACCAUCCCCCUCAACAUUAUCCAAAUUCUGGUGUAACCCCCCUCGAGCAUUUGGUCGAAAUGACUAGUGCUUCUACUAUGCCUCAACAGACCUCUAGAAAUUUUGAGAAUUUGCCGGCACAUAUUUCCCAUAAACAAUCAACAUCUUCAGCUAUUCCAGAAAUUGUUGAUUUACUGGAUGAUGAAGAUGAUGAAGGAAGAGGAGAACAAAAUAAAAAUAAUUCUUCUUGUCAAGAAUUGGAAGCUUCAAUAAAUCGACUAAUAACAGUCCCUAUAGCUAAUGAUAUAAUUAUUAAUUCUGAAAAAAUUGAAAAAAUUAAUGAUAAUUUAAAUUUGCUUCAACAACAAGAUUCUGCUAUACAACAAUUACAGCAACAACAGAAUAAUAAUAAUAGCCCCCAUUUAUUAAAAGCUUUACGUCAGAAUAAACCGCAAAGCGUUGCUGCAGAUUCUACUGUUUCUUUUGCUGGAAAUAAUUCGACUGAAUCUCCUUCUACUGUCGCUCCAAUAAAUACAAAUUCUGGUACUAAACGAAAACCAGCAUCAAUUAAUAUUGACGAUGGGGAACAACAAAAACAGAAGCGAUUAGCUAAAGAAAUUGAUAAUAAUAAAAUUUUAAAUUUAAAUAAUAAUGAAGAGAAAAGGCCUGUAAAUAUUUCUCCUCCAGCCGAUUUAAUUACUACAACAACUGAAGAAAAUGGGGAAGGAGGAGGAGGAGAAGAUUUUGAUAAUAAUAAAGAAGAGAAUAAAGAACAAAAAUUAGGCAAACUCAAAACUUUGAGAAAAUCAGAAACUCCGAAUAGCCUCGAUUUGCGUGUAUUUAGUUCUCCGGAAGAACAAAAUGCUGAGGAGGUUACUACUCAACAAGAAAAAAUGAAUGAAAAAAUUUCAAUAAAUUCAAAAACUGGGAAAAUUUCAACAAAUAAGCCUUUACCUAGUAAUAAUAAUGAAGAAGCAUCUUGUAGUAGUAAUAAAAAAUCAGAAGGAAAAAAUUCUGAAAAUGUUGGAAAUAAUAAAACGGAAGAAAGUCGUAAUGCUACAAGUGAUGAUUUUUGGGAUGAUUAUUGUUAUGUAUGUUCUCAAGGUUGUGAUGAAACUACUGGAUCUCUUGGUUGUUGUGAAUCUUGUCCUCGUGUCUUUCAUUCUCAUUGUCAUGUUCCACGAAUUAAGGGCUAUAUGGAGGAUUUACCUGAUGAUUGGCGUUGUUCUGUCUGUGUGGAAUGCGAACCUUUGACUGUUCAAACUCAAGAAUUUGGUAAUAGGGAACAAUUGGUGAGGAAUUCAAUUUUUUACGAGGAAAAAAUGCUUGAAUAUUUUGAAAGAAAUUUCGUAUUUUAACUAGAGACCGGGCUGGGAGUGUCGUACUAGAAUCGCGAUCUCGAUAAGAUUUUCGAUCGAGAUCUCGUCUCGGUCCUGUCUCUAAUCCUAACUGAGUGUCAACCUAUUUGAAUAACCAAAUGAUUUUCAGUCCGUAUCGUUUCCGGACAUCUCUAGAUUUUCCAAUAACCGACAGCUCUUAUUAUACAGAUUUGAACGAAGUUCACUACCAAAAAAAUUUUUUAAGAA